GAACAGUAGAGCUUAAUCAUUCCAGGUGUUUGCAGAAGGAAAUAACUGCCCAUCUGGUCGCUUUUGGGACUUCGAGAGCCCCAAGCUUAGGCACGUGGGAAAUUCUCUCCGUCACCUCUGAGAGGAUGCUGCAAGGAAACAAGAGGUCCAAGAUGCCAAGCACUCCGGAGAACGGCGUGUGUUCCUUGGCGCUGCCCUCGGACCAGCAGCUCGACAGGAAGCGCAAAGAGGUGCCGGACGCCGAGCUGCUCAAGAACGCCCGGGUGCAGGAGCAAGUCCGGAUGCGGAUGCUGCAGAAGAGCCACUCGGGCCCCAGGAGCAACGGAGCCUUCUCGGACUACGCCGAGUUGAAAGGUGGAAUCUCCUCCAAUGGUCAAUUUAGAACUCUACAGCAACAGUUUAGCUCCAGAUCCCAAACCAAUGGCACAGAUCACAAUGGUUUGCUCCACCAUUCGGUUGGCAAUAAUGGCUAUAAUUCUGUGAAGGCUGCUGGCUGGUCCUCCCGCUCAGCAGUGGAUCUCAGGCCCAAUACUAGAAUAGCUUCUAUAAACAAUGGCACUGGCCCCAAAAGUCCACUGUAUGGCACGAAUUACAGUUCCACCACCCGACCCAGGUCUUUCAAUGACAAGAACUACCGGAACUGUCAGAACUAUGACACCAUGUCCUUGCACUCCCUGCGUCUGACAGACGGACCCUGUGCCCCUGGGGGUGGGGAUGACCACUACAGUGUAAUGUCUGAGAUGGAUCCAGUGACCCAAGCAACUCUCUAUAAAAACCGGGGUGGUGGUGGCUUCCAAAGAUCCUACACCUUUGAGAGGCAGAUGAGUGCUGGCUCUAACGCUUGUGCAAAGCGACCUCUUGACUGGAUGGAUGGUAUGGUGGUCCCACAAAUCAGGCCCGUCAUCCGUGCACCGGCCAUGCGCACAUUGCAACGUUUCCAGAGCAACAACCGCUCCCGAUUUAGUACAGGCUCUUUCAGUGGCACUCAUGCCUCUCAAGGAGUGGCUGGGAACACUUAUGCUUCAGUGGAGCGUACUUCCCGUGCCCCCUCUGUGCACAGUUUGGCUGAAUCCAACCACCAUUUGCAAGACCUGCAUGGCAUGGACAUGUUUGAUGGUCAAAAUACACUGAUGUCCCAGCAGUCCUACUCUGGUGGAUUUGAUGACAUUGAUCUUCCCUCUGCGGUGAAAUACCUGAUGGCCAAUGACCCCAACCUCCAGGUGCUUGGGGCUGCUUAUAUCCAGCAUAAGUGCUACAGUGACAAUGAUGCCAAGAAACAGGCUCGCAGUCUCCAAGCCAUAUCCAAGCUGGUGAAGCUCUUCAACAGUUCCAACCAAGAGGUGCAGCGCCAUGCCACUGGUGCCAUGCGCAAUCUUAUUUAUGACAAUGCUGAGAACAAGCUGGGGCUGGUGGAAGAAAAUGGAAUCUAUGAGCUGAUGCGCACUUUGCGGGAGCAGGAUGAUGAAUUACGCAAGAAUGUUACUGGCAUUUUCUGGAAUCUGUCUUCAAGUGAUAACCUCAAGGACCGCCUUGCCCGGGACACUUUGGAGCAGCUCACAAACCUGAUCUUGACCCCUCUCUCCGCCUCAAGGAAUGCGGCUAUUAUCCAGCAAAAUGCCUCUGAGUCAGAAAUCUUCUACAACGCCACUGGCUUCCUCAGGAAUCUUAGCUCUGCUAGCCAGCAGACUCGGCAAAAAAUGCGUGAAUGCCAUGGAUUGGUAGAUUCCAUGGUUAGCUACAUAAAUAGUUCACUGGAAGUGGGAAAAUCAGAGGAUAAGAGUGUUGAGAAUGCAGUCUGUGUCCUGCGUAAUCUCUCCUACCGACUUUAUGAUGAAAUUCCUCCUUCCUCACUCCAGCGGCUAGAAGGAUAUAAGAGGAGUGAUGGAGCUAACAUGACAAGUGAACUAGUAGGCUGCUUCAGCCCACAAAGCAGGAGGGCCCGAGAGCUCCACAUGAACUCUGAUAUUGUGACUUUCGCAGAAGUUUCUAAGGAUCCUAAAGGGUUGGAGUGGCUCUGGAACCCUCAGAUUGUAGGGGUGUACAACAGGCUGCUACAGCGAUGUGAACUGAAUAAGCAUACCACGGAAGCAGCCUCUGGAGCGCUUCAGAAUAUCACAGCAGGAGACCGGCGGUGGGCAGGUGUCCUCAGUAGGGUGGCUUUGGAGCAAGAGAGGAUCCUGAACCCUGUACUGGACAGAGUCCGCACAGCUGACCAUCAUCAGCUUCGCUCUCUGACAGGAUUGAUUCGCAACCUGUCCCGGAACGCACGCAACAAGGAUGAAAUGUCAACCAAAGUGGUGAGUCAUUUGAUUGAGAAACUUCCUGGAAGCUCCGGAGAUAAGUGGCCCCCAACAGAGGUAAUAGUCAACAUCAUUGCAGUGCUGAACAACUUGGUGGUGGAGAGCCCCAUUGCUGCACGUGACAUUGUCUACUUCGAUGGCCUACGCAAACUCUUCUACAUCAAGAAGAAAAGGGACAGCUUGGAAAAUGAGAAGGCUUCCAGAGCUGCUUCCAGUCUUUUGUCUAACAUGUGGCAGUACAGCAAGCUUCAUCGGGACUAUAAAGCGAAGGGCUUUCGGAAAGAAGAUUUCAUUAGCCUGUAAAGAAGAGGACCUGCAGAAAAUGGACUCUCCAGCCCUAAUUGUUCUCCAUGAAUCUUGUUAAUAAAGUACCACUAAGGACUGUGACCCUAUGUCACGAAACCCCCUUUUGCAACCCCCUCCUUUUUAAAGAACCGGUGUCAGUUGGCUAAUAUGUUUUAUUUUUUCCAUUUAAAAGUCUAUAUAAAGCUCAGGUUUCUCUGCCUUGGCCAUCUUACACCAUGAAAGUAUCCCAUGAUACUUUGACAUUGACUGAAAAUGCAAAUCGAUGUCCAUGCAAAUUCUGAAGCCUCCUAUCAGCAUUGCUAAAUCCAUGUCCUGACUUCCCAUAGAGCUGGGAUUCUUUUUAGAAUGUAUGGAUGUUGAUGUCACAGCAGAAAUUCCAGGUUGCUAAGGAUAGUGGAAAAGUUCUCCCAGGGAUCAUUGUAUCAAGGGUACUUUUAUUUGCUUCCAUGUUUAUUGCUUUCUUUUAUUCCCUCCCCUCCCUCCCUGGAACUCCCCUAAAACUCUCACUGGUCAGUGUUUCUCAACCUUGGUAGCUUGAAGAUGAGUGGACUUCAACUCCCAGAAUCCCCCAGCCAGCGCUGCUGGCUGGGGGAUUCUGGGAGUUGAAGUCCACCCAUCUUCAAGCUUCCAAGGUUGAGAAACACUGGGUUAUUGCAUAUAUUUUUCCUACCUCUGUAUAUUCUGGAAAUAAUUUGCUUGCAUUUAAUUUCAAAAGGACUGGCUUAUAUGAGUUUGAGAUAUAGAUUUUAACUGUAUGUAUAAACCUAUUUGUAAGAUUUUAGGAAAGUCUAAUUAUUGGGAACUGAGGAAUAAAUGUAGGCUUUUAAAGUUGUAUUAACCAAUGCACAAGAGGAAAGAGUGCUUUGGAGUAUAAAUUUAUGGUGGUUUGGUGAUGGAUUUUCUCAUUUUUAUUUGAAAGCUAUAAUGAGUCUGAAGACAUAAUUUUCUGGAGCUACAUAUGGCAUAAUUUACUUCAGGUCUUGUGGGUUACAAAGCCUUUAAAUGGGGAAAGAAAUUAUGGAAAGGAAGUGCUUGCUCUAAAGAGAUACUUAAGCUGGGUAUCAGUCUCCCUGUGAUUUGUACAGAAUUUUACUUUUAUCUCUAUUGGAAUAGAAUUGCCUUGGUGAAAUUAAAGUGCCUGAGACUGUCCCACUGAACUGUUUUAGCAGCAAUAAAGUCAUAAACUUCAGAUCAACAUGUAUUCGCAGUGCACUUUGUUGAACUAAAGAACAUUUCUACACUACAUUUAUUAGCACUUUUAGUGUCCCAUGGCAUUGAUCCUCAUCCUGUUAAAUAAAAGGUUAUAUUGAA